AUGAAGGAAGAAAUUGAUAUGUUGAAGAGCAAUAUUAAGGGCGUGGAAAAUAAUGUAGAUGAAAUACGGGCGACCAUUGAAGAUAUGAAAGAGGCAACCAAAGCUCUGAAAGACUCUAAAACGGUACAGGAGGACGAGAUGCAAGAACUGCGAGCGCUUCUUACAAAAACCAAAGCUGAGCCAAAGGAGGAAAGAGACAAAGUUAUAGAGCUGGAAGAUUAUACUCGGAGUGAGAAUCUAAAAUUUCACAAUAUUCCAAAAUCAGAAGAAGAAGGUGUUAACCACUCGCCAAAACAAAUUAUUCUCAGCAUUUUGCAAAAGGAGUUGCAAAUGGACACUGCACAAAUUCGAUUUCAUGCAGUGCAUCGAAUUGGCAAGCAAAAAGAAAACAAACACGGACCGAUCAUUACUCGCUUCGUUUGCCGAGAAGACAGAGAUCAGGUUUUUGCAAGGAAAAAGGGAAUUAAAGAGAGCACAAGGUUCAAGGACGCUUACAUAACCGCCGAUUAUGCAAAAGCUAUACAAGAUGAACGAAGGAAGCUAAUAAAGGCGAUGUUCAAGGCAUAG